AUGAAGAUGGAGGCUCCCACCACCAGCAAUGCAGCCUCCCUGGGGUGCAACAACAAGCCUGCCUUCCCGGAGCUGGAUUUCAGGUCUGGAGCUCGGGUGGAGGAACUGAACAAACUCAUCCAGGAAUUCACCAGGCACGACCAGAGGGAAUACGACGACCAGAGAGCGCUGGAGAUCCACACUGCCAAGGAUUUCAUCUUUUCCAUGUUGGGAAUGGUGCAAAAGCUAGAUCAAAAACUUCCCGUGGCCAACGAGUAUCUGUUGCUCUCCGGAGGAGUCCGGGAAGGUGUGGUGGACCUGGACCAGGAAGGUGUGGUGGACCUGGACCUAGAUGAGUUAAAUGUCUGUGCCCCGGGCACUGACUACAAUAUGGACUUUACCCUUCUGGUGCCCGCCCUUAAGCUGCAUGACCGUAACCAGCCUGUGACGCUCGAUAUGCGCCACUCAGCCCUGUGCCACUCCUGGCUCAGCCUCAGGCUCUUUGAUGAGGGGACAAUCAGUAAAUGGAAAGGUUGCUGCACAAUCGCCGAUCACAUCANCGGUGCNACCAACUACUUCUUCUCCCCCACCAAAGUGGCUGACUGGUUCUAUGACUCCAUCAGCAUCNUCCUCUCGGAGAUACAGAAGAAACCCCAGAGAGGGAUGCCGAAGGUGGAAAAGGUAGAGAAGAACGGUACCAUUAUCUCCAUCAUUCUGGGCGUGGGGAGCAGCCGCAUNUUGUACGACANCGUCCCCGUNGUGUCCUUCAAAGGCUGGCCUUCUGUGGCUCAGAGCUGGCUCAUGGAGAACCACUUUUGGGAUGGGAAGAUCACCGAAGAAGAGGUCAUCAGUGGCUUCUACCUGGUGCCAGCUUGCUCCUACAAAGACAAGAAGGACAAUGAGUGGCGACUGUCCUUUGCCAGGAGCGAGGUACAACUGAAGAAGUGCAUUUCAGGCAGUCUAAUGCAGGCCUACCAAGCCUGCAAAGCCAUCAUCAUCAAACUCCUGUCGAGGUCCAAGGCCAUCAGCCCCUAUCACCUGCGGAGCAUGAUGCUCUGGGCCUGUGAUCAACUCCCUGCCAGCUACUUGGCUCAAGAAGACUAUGCAGCCCACUUUUUGCUGGGCCUCAUUGACGACCUGCAGCACUGCCUGGUCAACAAGAUGUGCCCUAAUUAUUUCAUCCCUCAGUGUAACAUGCUGGAGCAUUUGUCAGAGGAGACAGUCAUGCUCCACGCCCGGAAGCUCUCCUGGGUUCGCUCCGAUCCCGCAGAGCACCUGCGCACCGCCAUUGAGCAUGUGAAGGCGGCCAAUCUGCUGACGCUGAAGCUCCAACGUCGGGGCAGCACCACCAGCAUCCCCUCCCCACAGUCGGAUGGCGGGGACCCCAAUCAGCCUGAUGACCGUCUGGCAAAAAAACUGCAGCAGCUAGUGACUGAGAAUCCAGGGAAGUCCAUCUCGGUCUUUAUUAACCCCGAUGACGUCACGAGGCCCCAUUUCAGAAUCGAUGAUAAAUUUUUCUGAGUGUUUUGU